AUGCAGGGUUUUUAUAGAUGAAGCACACAGAAAAUUGGAGAACAUUUCUUAGAAAAUGCAUGAGUUGGAUGACUGGUGAGAGCUGAUACUGGGCCUUGUCUGUAUAAAUAAAUCUCUUUGGCUCAUUUCAGGGGACCGAAACACCCCUUGAUCAAAAUCCAUUGCAAAUUUCUCUGUAACCUCAACAAGUAACUUCUUGUUCGCAAGAAAUGGCUUGGACGGAUCCUAUUUCUGUGUUGUUCGUGUUUGCCCUUACGCUUGCAUUCCUUUGGAAAAGGAGCAGUUUCUGGGAGAGCAGUAGCCGAAAGCUUCCUCCAGGACCAUGGCCAUUACCACUCAUUGGAAACCUCCACUUACUGGAUCUGAAGAGGCCUUACAAUACCAUGUUGAAGUUCUCCAAACAAUACGGCCCAGUCUACAGCAUCCAACUCGGAGUCCAGAAAAUGGUCGUCCUGGCAGGCUACAAGACUGUAAAGGAGGCUUUGGUGAACCAGGCAGACGCCUUUGCAGACAGGCCUGUGAUCCCAAUUUUUGAUGAAGCUAAUCAUGGCCAUGGUAUUAUUUUUUCUAAUGGUGAGAACUGGAAAGUGAUGAGGCGGUUUGCGAUAAGCACGUUAAGGGACUACGGAAUGGGCAAGAAGACCAUAGAAGACAAAAUUGUUGAGGAGUGCCAUUUCCUAAUACAGAAGUUUGAAUCUUUUGAAGGUAAACCGUUUGAGACUACUACAAUCAUGAAUACUGCUGUUGCCAAUAUUAUAGUGGCCAUAUUACUCAGUAAGCGGUAUGAAUAUGAAGAUCCCACAUUUUUAAGAUUACUACACUUGGUCAAUGAAAACGUCCGGGUCGCGGGAUAUCCCUCAGUCAUGCUGUACAACAUGUUCCCUGCUCUGGGUUUUCUUUCUGGUGGUCGCAAGAUUGUCCUUAAGAACAGGAAUGAACUGCACGCCUUCAUACAGGACACCUUCGUAGAACACCUCAAAGAACUGGAUGCAAAUGACCAGAGAAACUUUAUUGAUGCUUUUCUAAUCCAACAGCAAGAGGAAAAGAACAAGAGCCAGAGCAACAAGUUUUUCCAUAAUGAAAACCUAAAAGCCGUUGUGGCGACCUUAUUUGGCGCCGGCAUGGAGACCACUUCGACGACCUUGCGUUGGGGCCUGUUGCUGAUGAUGAAGUACCCUGAAAUUCAGAAGAAAGUGCAAGAAGAAAUAACAAAGGUCAUCGGAUCCGCUCAGCCACGGAUUGAGCACCGAGCAAAACUGCCCUACACAGAUGCGGUGAUUCAUGAAGUUCAGAGGUUUGGUAAUAUUACACCUACUGCUGUGUCACAUGCCACCAGUACAGAUGUCACUCUUGGAGAUUACUUCAUCCCAAAGGGGACACAUAUCAUCCCAUUACUGUACUCUGUGCUGUACGAUGAAUCUGAGUGGGAGAAACCCUUUCAAUUCUACCCUGAGCACUUCCUUGAUUCCGAAGGAAAGUUUGUCAAGAGAGAUGCCUUCCUGCCUUUCUCUGCAGGUCGGCGAGUGUGUGCUGGUGAGACCCUUGCCAAAAUGGAGCUCUUCCUCUUCUUUGUGAGUCUCCUGCAAAGGUUCACUUUCCAGCCAGCCCCUGGGAUGUCUAAGGAAGACCUGGACCUGACCCCUGCAAUUGCAUUAACUGUGUCUCCAAUGCCCUACAAUUUGUGUGCAUUGCCACGUUCUUAGCAUCCAACCACUUGUGGCUCUCCUCUGCGUCGCAUCCUCCUCUUCAGCACCUUUUUACUUAAUAAGGACACUUGAAUAAACAGGACUUCCCUGUCCUAUCUGCAUUGUCACAGGUCGGCGAGUGUGUGCUGGCGAGACCCUGGCCAAAAUGGAGCUCUUCCUCUUCUUUGUGACUCUCAUGCAAAGGUUCACUUUCCAGCCAGCCCCUGGGAUGUCCACAGAAGACCUGGACCUGACCCCUACAGUUGGAUCAACUGUGUCUCCAGUGCCCUACAGUUUCUGUGCUUUGCAGCGUUCUUAACAGCCCACCGUGCUUACCUCACCUUUGCACUCCAUCCUCCUCUUCUGCACCUUUUUUACUUAAUAAGGACACUUCAGAUUCAGCAGAACCAGACUGUGUUUUGUCACAAACCUUUAUGUUUCAUGUACUUACCUGUGGAACCCCUACAAGCUAAAUCACAGCCAUAACUUAGUUCAAAAUUUGGACUUCACUUCUUGAAUUGUUUGCUGCAUAGAAAAAAAAAACAAACCAAUGUUUCUAUGUCUAAUUUCUCAUAUUGACACAUUACAGAUGUCUUCCAGGCCAUAAAACUGUGAAAGUGAGCUAACAGUAAUCAUAUCCUUCCAAGUGAGAUCCUUCCAAUGGGACCAGCUGUGUAGAUAAAAUAAUUAUCAUUAGUGUUGGGUUUUCCACAUGAAAGCUGCCUCACAAACAUGAAAGGCCACUUGGUUUUCUUACCCAUUUUGCUAAUUCUGGACUUUGUUUGAGCAGUUACACAGCCUCAAGUCAAUGAAGGAUAGAUAAAACAAAGACUACUGUUCGCUGAAUGAGUAAGCAAACCCAACUGAUGUCUUGGUGAAACAAUUUUUCUGUUUGAGAAAGAGACACAGAAAAUUAAAGAUACUGUCUUUGAUUCAGGUGGGUUUUUUUCUGCAGGCAGAAGGGUUUUCUCCCGGAGAGCUCCAGUCUGGCUUAGUGGAAUAAGAUAUGAACAUUCUGAACCUUCAUUUAUCUAUUUUGUUUGCAAUCACACUCUAGUUUAGCCAGAUACUUCGAGGGCACGUCUCUCCUGUCUUUCUAUUCUUAUCCUAGGCAAAUAAAUGACCCUUGUUAAUGCUGUUUUGUACCUGUCAUUACAAGUAUGAAACACUGUGCAUAUUAAAGAUGUCAGUGCUAGUCAUAACAAAAAAAA